AGCCGUGGCUCGAGAUUCAGUCAUGGCUUCCCAAAUGGCUGGUGAGGAAGAUGGUGACGCCAUCAGAUUGUUAGAUCCUGAGCCCAUGGAAGGCGAAGCUGUGCCCAGAAGCUGGCGCAGAGCCAUCACAGUUCUGACGCUAGGCUGUGCUGCUGCGCUUUUGCUAGGCACAAUCGGCCUUCGACACCGGCAUGUGGGCUUCCUCCAAGGACUUCGGCGAAAUGUCGACUUGGCGCCUGCCUUCAUCUCGCUCCAGUCAGUCUUUGCAGUGGAUGCAAGCAGCGACGACAGCAGCAUGGAGUUCAUGGAUGCUGUAGCCGGGCUGUCCGGCAUACCCUACACGCCUGCUCAGCUGCAGACCAAGCGGGACGAGUGGAGGAACCCCACGGUGACGGAGCUGCCGAGCGUGAACGUGACCCCUCCGCCCACGCAGCAGAGGGCCACGCUGAACAGCAACGAUUGCUUGAGGGGUGAGGAGUAUUUUGCAGGGGCCUGCUAUGCCAAUUGCAGUAACUUGACGGCUGGGCAGUUUCCCAUCAGAUCGAGUCCAAACACCUGUUGCAAGCGAGAACCAUGCAUCUUUCCUAGUCUUUUGUCAUUCUCUGGGUACUUCGUUUGCAUGGGCUAUGGAGUAGAUAGCAGAGGUGCUUGCCCUAGACAGCCGGGCAAGUGCAACAGCGAUGAGGAGCUUUUUGAGGGCCAAUGCUACAGACAAUGUGGAACACUCACGCAAAAUGAGUAUCCUUACCGCACAGGUCCAUUGAGUUGCUGCAAGUUUGAACCACCUUGCUUCAACCUCUUCAACAUCAAGUCGGAGGGCAUCGGCCCCUGCAGCGGAUACAACGUUGGUGGCAUUAGCCAUGACUGCCCGUGCCACAGAGAUGAUGAGAACACCGGGUACGAGUUGUUUCUGUUUUUUUCCCGAAAGAAUAGCCGUUUGCAUGAUGAACUCGUACUUCGAUGGAUUAGACCUGACCAGUGACCUGACCCGUGGCACCGUUUCGACCAACUCCCACGUUUGAUCGACCAAUGGUCAGGGCCAAGCCGGCCAAGCAAAAAUCUGACGAAUUCUUCUUACACAUAUCGUUGGUGUUGGCCGAGCCAUGUUUUCUUGCGACGCGGCCCAGUUUCUGGAAGGAUAUAUAGCUUCUCUCACAAAAACAUUAACAGAGUCUCACAUCAAGAAGUGCGCAGAAAGAGGACCUUUGGGCAAUGACAAGUAAUUGCCACGGUACUUGGGUAUGGCUCAAGAAUUGUGUACCCAAAAAUAUGAAAAGUAAUCAAGCAACUGCAUUGGUCCGUAUGAGGUUCACACUUUUUGAAACCCACUCGAGGCGCCCAUGACCCUCAAGUGUGAGCACGCCAGUGGGGCGAGGAUUGGCAGAGGAGGCUUCUUUGCGGGGCGGGAGAACAUGUCCCAUUCACGGCUUGUUACCCCAGCAGCAAAAAUGGUUUUUGGACACCUGGGGCCCGGACAAGGAAACAUCAUCAACAUGUUGUAUCAAUGAUUUG